AUGGAGCUUUUGGUGAUGUUUGUGGGGUCGUUCAGUGCUGGUAAGUCUUCUUUGAUCAACUCCAUUACUGGGAAGACUGAUCAAUGCCGGGUAGGCAUCGCACCCACUACGGAUGAUCUCACGUAUAUUCCAUGGAAGGGAAUCUCUUUGGUGGAUUCGCCGGGUUUGGAUGCCGUUGCGAAGAAGGGGCACAAAGAGAAGUCAUUGGAAGCUGCACGCCGUGCCAAUGUGGCCGUCGUUGUGAUCAAUGCCCGCCACGCUCUUGGGGAAAGCGAGAGGCCGAUUUUGUGCGAGUUGCUGGCCUCCAAACCGGAAGUGCUGGUGGCCCUGAAUUACUGGAACUAUGUGGAGAAGGAGAAGGAUCAAGAGGAUUGCCUGGCAUAUGUGAAGGAUGUGUUUCAGAGCCUCAUGCCUGAUGUGUCCCCGGUGAUUAUCCCUUUGAAUGCUACCAAUGGGCGUGACGAAGCUCUUAACAUGUUGUUACGUGGUUUAUCUUAUUCUUUAGUCUUUGUUUGUGCAAUCUUGCAUUUGACAUGCACAUGA